CGCCGAAGAUGGUCAAAGAUCGAUUGAACGAGUUACUAGAGAAAAGUGAAUUCAAGGACUUGGAAGACACCUCCGUCCAGGAGCAUGAUCGCAAGAUACUGCACAACCAGAAGCAGAUCUUGCAGGAUCUGAAGCAAUUUUCAGAAAUCUCGAGGUGGAUUGAUGACUUGCAGCAGAACAUCCUCGACAUAGAGGUGAACCUUUUCGCUGAUGAGAACGACAACGGCGACACCGGUUCGGUCAAUGUCAGUCAAAGGCUAGAUGAGAACGCCAACUUGUGCUUCAAAAUCUUCAAUGCCGUCAAACGACUGCAGGAGGAUCUGGACAAACUGAAGCAGCAGCAACAGAACGAUGACACGGAAGAGGAAGAGGGCUUGGUGAAUCUCGUGCGACGAACGCAGUUCGAUAACAUUAAGACUGCCUACAUUGAUGCGUACUGGAAGUACAAUGCGGUGGUACGCCGCUACGAGGAUGAAAUCAAAGAUAAGAGCUUGGUCGCAACCAAUUGCGCACCCAAGCGCGAUUCUUCUCCCCGUCGGACGGAAUUUCCCGGCAUUUGCCAACCGGCCGGAAGCGGACAGGUCCGUCAACACAUCGGUCCGAGGAGGCUCGAGGGACCUCCACGUGGACAGGAUCCACGCGCCGGCUCGUCAUCAAAACCGGCACGGCAUAGUAACCGCCAUCGCAUUGGCGUGUGA